CUACCAAAAACAUCUAUCCUCACAACAAACCGAACAAGCUCAAGUAAGGAAAUCAAAGCAUGGGAAGGCUCAAGUCUCUGGUUAUCUUGGCUUUGCUUUUUUCCCUCUCUUUCGCUGUUUUUGCCGACUCAUCCAAGGAUGCUUCUACACAUGCUAAGGAUGAAGUGAAGCCAAGUGAAGCGACCGAUGCCCAGGCUGCGGAGGCCGUGGCCAAAGAUGUUGUUGCAGAGCCCCAGCAAGGAUGGCGUGGUGGUUGUAGGUACGGAUGUUGCGGUGGCUGGUUUUUUGGACGGUGCAACUACUGUUGUCGUAGUCCACAAGCCGAGGAGACCGUGGAAACUGAAGCUGUUGAGGCCAACGUUGUUGAACCUCAGCAGGGGGGUCGUGGUGGCUGUAGAUAUGGAUGUUGCGGAUCCUGGCGUUAUGGACGGUGCAGCUACUGUUGUCGCAGUCCACAAGCCGAGGAAACCGUGGAAACCGUGGAAACCGAAGCUGUUGAUGCCAACGUUGUUGAACCUCAGCAAGGGGGCCGUUGUGGCUGUAGAUACAGAUGUUGCGGAAUCUGCCGUUAUGGACGGUGCAGCUACUGUUGUCGCAGUCCACAAGCCGAGGAAACCGUGGAAACCGUGGAAACCGAAGCUGUUGAUGCCAACGUUGUUGAACCUCAGCAAGGGGGCCGUUGUGGCUGUAGAUACAGAUGUUGCGGAAUCUGCCGUUAUGGACGGUGCAGCUACUGUUGUCGCAGUCCACAAGCCGAGACCGUGGAAACCGAAGCUGUUGAUGCCAACGUUGUAGAACCUCAACAGGGGGGUCGUGGUGGCUGUAGAUACGGAUGUUGCGGAUCCUGGCGUUAUGGAAGGUGCAGCUACUGUUGUCGCAGUCCACAAACCGAGACCGUGGAAACCGAAGCUGUUGAUGCCAACGUUGUUGAACCUCAGCAGGGGGGUCGUGGUGGCUGUAGAUACGGAUGUUGCGGAUCCUGGCGUUAUGGACGGUGCAGCUACUGUUGCCGAGGUGCUCAAGCGGAGUCUGAAGGGCAGAAAAAGGAAGAAGCUAAGCCAUGAAUGGUGUGUAAAACAAACUCUAUGUUUGUAUGCAUGGAUGCAUGGUUUAUAUUACUGUUUCGUACGUAUGUCAAAAUAAGGAAAAAGUGUUGCUAUAAAGUCUAUAGCUCAAUAAAAAAAUGUCGUAGGUUCAUAUAAUAUGUAUUUUGUUAUGUAGUGUUUUCCUCGUGAAGAUUGUAAUAAUAACUACUGUUUA